AUGGCCGAACUCGAGGGCCGCAGUUUGUCCAUCUUCGUCGUCACCAUCGUCUUUUUGGCCCUCUCGUUCAUCUCCGUCUGCCUACGAUGCUUCGUUCGGCUCCGACUGGUGCGCGCCUUUGGGUGGGAUGAUGCCCUCAUGGUGUUUGCGAUGGCUUUAAAUAUCUUGUUCGCAUUAUGUGGAAUAACCGGGGCAUGUUACGGUCUCGGGCAUAAACUCCUCGAGCUCACAGAACAUGAGAAGAAAACCGCCAUGUUUUGGUGGUGGCUUGGCCAGACAACCUAUGUUUUCACCUGUGUCGUCGCCAAAAUCUCCAUCGCAUUGGCCCUUCUCCGUCUCACCGUCGCAAAGGCGCACACGAUCCUCCUAUGGACCGUCAUCGCUCUAUCAACCGCGGUUGGCCUCGUGUUCUGGUUUGUGUUGACGUUGCAGUGCCAUCCCGUCGACUAUUUCUGGAGGCGAGUGGAGCCUAAAGUCUUUGGCACUGGGAAAUGCUUAGACGUCGAUAUCCUCAUCGACAUCGCCUAUCUCUACAGUGUCAUUGCAACGGUCUGCGACUUUAUCCUGGGUCUUCUGCCUAUCGCUCUGGUGUGGAACUUGCAGAUGACACCCAAGACAAAAGCUGCCCUAGCUGGUAUCUUGAGUAUGGGAUGCAUUGCGAGCGCGGCUGUCAUUGUCCGUAUACCCUACCUCCAUACCUACAAAGACCCCGAGUUCCUCUACGCGACUGCCGAAAUCUCAAUCUGGUCGAACGUUGAGGCUGGCCUCGGCAUCACCGCAGGAAGUCUCGUCACUCUGCGGCCCCUCUUCCGCUGGUUUAGGGGGACUACCUAUGGCGGUACACACAGCAUCAAGCCCACCGCGGGCAGUAUGCCGUUGUCCAGCAUGAACGGCACACAUCCAUCCCGACAGGACCCAUCCGCGACGAAGUUUUGGCGUCCCGACCUGGAUCCGGAGGACUCGCGCGGAGUGAUCACAACCAUUCAGACGUCGCGGACAAGCCGAAACAGCAGCCAGGAGGACUUGUAUCCCAGACAGGCGUCCCUGCCUGGGGUCAACGUACACAAGUCUUUCCUUGUAACAUCAGAUGAGAUGGCCAAACUCGUGGAUGACCCUCAGAUUCAAUAUGCGUCGCUUCACAAUCCCCUUCCUCGUCAGCUACACACUUACGUAUGGCCGUUCAUAAUCGUCUGGCCUGCUUUCCUCGCCUUCUACCUCUCUCCUGAGCGCUACGAUACAUACAUCCAGGGCCAGGAAUGGACGUUCGUGUGGGUUGCUUCGAUCAUUACGGCACAGUCUCUCCUUUGGUUGAUGACCAAAUGGAAUAUCAACAUCAGGACGUUGUUCACCACGACCAAGGCCAGGUCUCUCGACUCCGCCCAGCUCAUCAAGGUGAUCCCCAUCGCCAACGCGGGUUCGGCGGAAAUCUGUCCUCUGGUACACGAGUCCAUGGGCGGUAAACGAACCAUAUCAUUCUUAUUCCAGAAACGCCGCUUUCUCUUCUACCCGGAGCGUCGAUCGUUCGGCCCCUUGUCCUACGUCCUCGACGCUGAGCCCAAGCCCGCCCUCAAGACCUUCCAGCAAAGCGAGGGAUUCACCACGAAGGCGGAAGUCGAAAACACCCAACACCAUUAUGGCGACAAUACCUUCGAUAUCCCCGUUCCCGGUUUUGUCGAGCUCUGGAAAGAACAUGCUGUGGCGCCCUUCUUUGUGUUCCAGGUGUUUUGUGUUGGUUUGUGGAUGCUGGAUGAAUACUGGUACUACUCUUUGUUCACUCUCUUCAUGCUGGUUGCAUUUGAGAGCACAGUUGUGUGGCAGCGCCAGCGGACCCUCACCGAAUUCCGCGGAAUGAACAUCAAGCCUUACGAUGUUUGGGUAUACCGUGAGCGCAAAUGGCAGGAGAUCACUAGCGACAAGCUUCUCCCCGGUGAUCUGAUGUCCGUCAACCGCACCAAGGAAGAUGGCGGUGUCGCGUGCGACAUCCUCCUGCUCAAUGGUAGCGCUAUCGUCAACGAGGCCAUGCUUUCUGGCGAGAGCACGCCCCUCCUGAAAGAAUCGAUUCAGCUCCGCCCCGGAGAUGAUCUCAUUGAGCCAGAUGGAUUGGACAAGAAUGCUUUCGUUCACGGCGGUACCAAGGUGCUGCAGAUCACUCAUCCCAACACGAACACGGAAGACUCGGAGAAGUCGCAAAAGGCCACCUCGAAGGUUCCUCCCCCGCCCGACAAUGGCGCGGUGGGUGUUGUGGUGAAGACCGGCUUUGAAACCAGCCAGGGUAGCCUGGUUCGUACCAUGAUCUAUUCGACAGAGCGCGUCUCCGCCAACAAUGUCGAGGCUCUGCUCUUCAUUCUCUUCCUGCUCAUGUUUGCGCUCGCCGCUGCGUGGUACGUGUGGCAGGAGGGUGUUGCAAAGGACCGCAAAAGAUCCAAAUUGCUCCUGGACUGUAUCCUCAUCGUUACGAGUGUCGUGCCCCCCGAGCUGCCUAUGGAACUCAGCCUGGCUGUCAACACCAGUCUGGCUGCCCUCAGCAAGUUUGCGAUCUUUUGCACGGAGCCCUUCCGCAUCCCGUUCGCCGGUCGUGUUGAUGUCGCUUGCUUCGAUAAGACUGGUACACUGACAGGCGAAGACCUUGUCGUCGACGGUAUUGCAGGACUCUCCCUUGGACAGCAGGGCGCCAAAGUCGGAAAGGACGGUGCUCAUACGGAGCUCGCCAAAGGGUCUAGCAUUGGACUCGACACGACUCUUGUCCUUGCGAGUGCGCACGCGUUGGUCAAGUUGGACGAGGGCGAGGUCGUUGGUGAUCCCAUGGAGAAGGCUACGUUGCAGUGGCUUGGCUGGACUCUGGGUAAGAACGAUACGCUUAUGUGCAAGAAUCAGCCCGCUCAGAGCUCUCGUUCGCUCGAGUCUGUUCAGAUCAAAAGACGGUUCCAGUUUUCCUCCGCCCUCAAGCGUCAGAGCACCAUCGCGACUGUAACACACAAUGACCGCAAGACAUCCAAGAAGUCUAAGUCGACAUUUGUGGGUGUAAAGGGUGCUCCCGAGACCAUCCGGUCCAUGCUGGUCAACACUCCUCCGGGCUAUGAGGAAACCUUCAAAUACUUUACCCGCAAUGGUGCCCGUGUCCUUGCCCUCGCCUAUAAGUACCUCUCGCCCGAGGCGGAACUGUCUCAAAGUCGUGUCAACAACUUCGUUCGGGAGGAGGUCGAGUCUGAGCUGACUUUCGCUGGCUUCCUUGUCCUGCAAUGUCCUUUGAAGGAUGAUGCCAUCAAGGCCGUGCGCAUGCUGAACGAGAGCAGUCACCGUGUUGUCAUGAUCACCGGUGACAACCCCCUGACCGCUGUUCAUGUGGCACGUCAAGUCGAAAUUGUGGAUCGCGACGUCUUGAUUCUGGAUGCUCCUGAAAACGACGUGUCUGGCACAAGACUGGUCUGGCGAAGCAUUGAUGAUAAAUUUAACCAAGACGUGGACCCUACUCAGAACCUGGACUCCGAAAUCUUGAGAACCAAGGAUAUCUGUGUCACUGGCUAUGCUCUUGCUAAAUUCAAAGGCCAGAAGGCUUUUGCCGAGCUCCUGCGUCACACUUGGGUCUACGCCCGUGUCUCUCCCAAGCAGAAGGAAGAUAUUCUCCUUGGCCUUAAGGAUGCUGGAUACACGACUCUGAUGUGUGGUGACGGUACCAACGACGUUGGAGCUCUCAAGCAGGCCCACGUUGGCGUUGCGCUUUUGAAUGGAUCUCAGGACGAUCUUAACCGAAUCGCUGAACACUACCGGAACACGAAGAUGAAGGAAAUUUAUGAGAAGCAGAUCGCCAUGAUGCAGCGGUUCAAUCAGCCAGCCCCGCCCGUCCCUGCGCAAAUCGCUCAUUUGUAUCCUCCCGGUCCCGGAAACCCGCACUACCAGAAGGCCAUUGAAAGAGAGGCGCAGAAGAAGGGUGCCGCUGCUGCUGCAAAUGCUCAGAAUCAAGCUGAAGAGAUCCCCACCAUCACCUCUCCUGGCGCGCAGGCUCUCCAGCAGUCAAACUCCCACCAGACGCCCCACCAGCAACGCCAGCAACAGGCCGCCCAGGCCGCCGCCGGCUUUGCCGAUAAGCUCACCGCGUCCAUGAUGGAGCAGGAGCUGGAUGACAGCGAGCCCCCAACUAUCAAGCUUGGUGAUGCCUCUGUCGCUGCCCCGUUCACCAGUAAAUUGGCCAAUGUCAUUGCGAUCCCCAACAUUCUCCGUCAGGGCCGCUGUACUCUUGUCGCGACCAUUCAAAUGUACAAGAUUCUUGCCCUGAACUGCUUGAUUAGCGCGUACAGUUUGAGUGUCAUUUACCUUGAUGGAAUCAAGUUUGGAGAUGGCCAGGUGACGAUUAGCGGCAUGCUGAUGAGCGUCUGCUUCCUUUCCAUCUCUCGCGCGAAGUCCGUGGAAGGUCUGUCGAAAGAGCGGCCGCAACCGAACAUUUUCAACAUCUACAUCAUCGGAUCGGUCCUUGGGCAGUUCGCCAUUCACAUUGUCACUUUGAUCUACCUGUCCAACUAUGUGUAUUCUAUUGAACCGCGUUCAUCCGACAUCGAUCUGGAGGGUGAAUUCGAACCAUCGCUGCUAAACAGCGCCAUUUACCUUCUCCAGCUCAUCCAGCAGAUCUCUACUUUCUCCAUCAACUACCAAGGCCGUCCCUUCAGAGAGUCUAUCCGCGAGAACAAGGCUAUGUACUGGGGUCUGGUGGCGGCCUCUGGCGUCGCCUUCUCCUGUGCCACGGAGUUCAUUCCCGAGCUGAACGAGAAGCUGCGGCUUGUCCCGUUCAGCACGGAGUUCAAGCUUACUCUCACGGUCUUGAUGGUCAUCGACUAUGCUGGAUGCUGGGUCAUCGAGAACGUCCUGAAACGCAUGUUCAGUGAUUUCCGGCCCAAGGACAUUGCUGUGCGCCGUAAGGACCAACUCGAGCGGGAAGCAGCCCGGAAGGCAAGGGAAGAGAUGGAGAAAUUGGCCGAGGCCGAGCGGAAGAGAAAGGUUUAG